AUGACUGUUGUCCACCAACGCGCGCUCCUGGAGCGGUACCAUGCUCCGUCUCUGUCGACACCGUCGCUGACUAACUUGAUCACCCUCAUCCUCGCCAUUGUCAUCACGCUGCUGUUCUGUUGGAACACUUCAAACUUUUGGGUUUGGCGGCAGACAUACUACGAGCAGCCAAAGGUGGCGUACACAAAGGCUGCUGUUCUCGAGCUCGCCGGCACGUCGUCGUCAUCCUUUCUCCGCUAUCGGUACUCGACCAUUCCGGCGUACAAUGCACUGGUGCCGCAGGCUAUGCGACUUGCUCCGCAAUUGGCUGUUCGGGAGACCGACUCGAAUGGUGAUGGCUAUCCGGAUGCGUUUGAUGUUCAGCUCAGCGCUCGGCUUCCUGCAUCGGGUGCGUCGGCGACUCACUUUAACGCCGCGCUUGUCUUCUCGCUCUACCUUGACCAGCGGAUCCGGCUCUCGUCGUCAGCGCUGAUGGUGCUCUCGUUGCCGGUUCCUGCCGGAGCGUCCAAGAUCACCACCGUGGGCGACUUGGUGCUGGAUCCGAUGCGCGAGCUGCCGAUGGACGGCGCGACGAUGACGGGGUACGGCGCGUCGCCUAUCGACGCGGGCGGGCUCCGCGGCGACGAUGACCUCGCCUUUUCGUCGUUCACCUCGGCGUACUACGCGCGCAACGUGACGGCGUCGUAUGUCCUCCGUGCGCCGCCGGUCUACGAGAUCGGCUCCGGGCCGGGCGUCGAGCUCCACGCCACAGUCAACGUUCCCAUGGCCUCGCUCGAGUACAAGCCCGGCGUGUGGGAGUCGAUCAAGUUUGCGCUUGUCCAGCUCGUCGCUAUCGGAUUCAUCAUUUUCCUCAUCCGCGGCUGCGUCCUCGACUUUCUCUACACCCGCCACAUUCUGGCCGCUCGCGUCGUCCGCGAGACAGCGCCGCACAAGCACUCGUUCUGA